AUGGAUAAUUAUUUGAAAUUAUUAUCACCUUCCACGGAUAUUCAUUUUCUGUAUGGCUUUGUAAAUGGAAACGCAGCAGACGCAGCCAGAAAAUACGCACGAAGAUUUCCAAACAGACGACAUCCAACUCGCUUACGCAGAUUAACCCGUAUAAUUCUGCGUGAGUUUGAUAGAGAUUCGACCACAAGUGUUAGGAGAGUUUCUGGUGCCUUGGGAAUUUCAGCAAGCCAUGUUCACCGUGUUCUUAGAAAUGACCAUAGACGUCCUUACCAUUUGCGACCUGUGCAAGGACUACAGCCAGGGGACGGAGAACGAAGAAUCACAUUUUGUCAGUGGAUUCUUGAUAGAACUGAUAAUAAUAGGGAGUUUUUAAGUAACGUUUUAUGGACCGGUGAGUCAUGCUUCACUAGACGUGGAGUGUAUGAAUUUAGUGUGAACGUGUGGAUUGGUAUCUACCGUAAUCCACUAUUUGGACCCUACCUUUUGCCUGCAAGGUUAAAUGCUGCGACCUUCUUGGAAUUUUUAAAGGCUGAACAUGCAAAUACUCGUAUGUGGGAUGAUGUUAUGUUAGAUUUAAGAAGAUUGGCCUGGUUCCAGCUUGAUGAAAGAUGGAUCGGCCGUGGAGGACCAGUCGUCUGGCCUCCACGAUCCCCUGACCUAAAUCCAUUAGAUUUCUUUGUGUGGGGAUUUCUAAAAGAAAAAGUGUACCAGACUCCCGUAACCACAAGAGAUAUGCUAAUAGACAGAAUCAGGAAUGCAUGUGAUGAAAUAAGGCCUUAUUUGAAUAAUGCUAUACCACGUUCGAUCAUUCGUAGAUGUGAAUUGUGUAUUGAACAAUUGGGUUUACAUUUCGAGCAACUACUUUAG